ACUAUCCGGGAAUCAGAUAAAAACAUAAAAAAGGGAAAAUAUAUAAUGAUGAUUGAAAGCUGGGCUGAAGGGAAUCGCCUACCCUUGCGGUCGAUCAGGCAAUCGAUCGAGCGGACGAAUGCGUUUUCAAACACUCGGCUAAUUGGACUUUUGCCUCAGAGUUGAGAGGACAGUGUUUUUCGGCGGCAUUUAUCUGGCUACGUUGGCAGAGUUUUUGUUAACACGUUUUUCGUGGUCAAGGCUGUUGGAAUUUUGAUUUUUCUUCGGCUGGGCUAGAAUUGCUGCGGAGAAAUUUCUGGGUGGUUAAUUCGGAAUAGCGAAAAAAGUGAAGAUCUAACAAUGGCGACGGACAAGCACGGAAAUGUUACAAAUUUUUCUGCCGAACAUUUUCAAAAGCUGCUUCUUCAGCAACAAUCCCAGAUGGAAGCACAAAUGAAACUGAUUGAAAGUUUAACGCAGUGCUUAAACGUACAAUCAAACGGAGCAGCUACACGGGACACGCAGGCUGUUUCACUUGAUCUUCUUACGAAUUCAAUCACUGAAUUUCAUUAUGAUGCUGAUUCCGAAUCCACUUUCGAGGCGUGGUUCAAACGUUGGGAGGAUAUGUUCCAGACGGAUUUCAGCCGUCAAGAUGAUUCAUGGAAAGUGCGCCUUUUGCUCCGCAAGCUCGGAACUAAUGAACAUACAAGAUUCCUUGACCACAUAUUGCCCAAAGAGCCGAAGGACAUCACUUUCAACGAAGCAGUGGCAACACUCAAAGAAAUUUUUGGUGAGUCGACAUCAUUGUUUAGCAUUCGCUAUCAAUGUCUAAAAAUUGUAAAGCGUGAUACAGACGAUUAUGGGGCACUAGCAGACAUGGUUAACCGUGAAUGUGAACGUUUCAAGUUACGCUGUUUGACGGAUGACCAGUUUAAGUGUCUUAUAUUUGUCAGUGCUUUACAGUCUCCACGCGACGCGGAAAUCCGCACUCGGCUCCUUGCUAAUUUGGAUCAAGAUCCAGAUUUGACAUUGAAGUCUCUUGUAGGCGAAUGCAAACGGUUAAUUACCUUGAAACACGACACGGCUAUGAUUGAGCAGAGUCGCCCCACCAUUGCCGAUACUGUUCAUGCUGUGCAAAAAGCAAGAAAGCCUGGCUCGAAUAAGUCGUUCAACAGAAAGCCGAACAAGCCGCCUACACCUUGUUGGUCAUGUGGUGAAUGGCAUUUCGCACGAUACUGUCCAUUCAAGCGUCAUAUUUGUGAUAAGUGCCAUAAACGCGGCCACAAGGAAGACUUUUGCCAUCAGUCCCGGCCAAGAAAUGUGAAGCAGUCCUACCGAAGGAAGAAUUUCAGAAAACCUGACGCAGAAUCACUAUCGGUGAUUGCUACGUUUCACAGCGAUUCUAAAACACGCCGCCGAUUUAUCACUGUGCUUAUCAACGGAAUCCCAACCCGGCUGCAGUUCGAUACGGCAUCAGAUAUAACGAUCAUUUCCAAGAACACUUGGAAGCACAUAAAGAAGCCGAAAAUGAUUGAUUCCAACAAAAUCGCUCACAAUGCAUCCGGUGGAGUGCUGAAGUUGGUCGGAGAAAUAAAUUGCAAAAUUGCAUUCAACGGAGUGGAAAAGGCCGGAACCUGCUACUUGUCUGAUCGACCAAACUUGAACCUCCUUGGACUUGACUGGAUGGAAAAAUUACAACUGUUUGAUGCUCCAAUGAGUCAGAUUUGCAAUACAGUACAAACCGACCCAGUACAUUCAUCAUUGUCGAUAGAAGAGAUGACCAGAAAGCUAAAGCAGCAGUUUGUCACCUUGUUUGAAGAUGGUCUCGGCCACUGCACUAAGUUCAAAGCAAAGUUGUGUCUUCGUGAAGGAACCAAGCCAGUCUUUAGAGCAAAAAGACCGGUACCGUAUGCAGCCAUGACAGCAGUUGAUCAGGAGCUCGACCGACUGGAACGAGCCGGUGUCAUCACACCAGUGAACUACUCUUCAUGGGCUGCGCCGAUUGUUGCUGUGAAAAAGCCGAACGGUAAAGUGCGAGUCUGCGCCGAUUUUUCGACUGGCCUGAAUGCCGCAUUGGACGACCAUCAAUACCCCCUUCCGAUACCAGAAGAUAUCUUUGCCAAGCUGAAUGGUGGGAAGUGUUUCGCCAAGCUCGACUUGUCCGAUGCCUACCUCCAGGUUGAGGUUGAUGAAAGCUCAAGAGAAUUGCUGACCAUCAACACUCAUCGUGGCUUGUACCAAUACAACCGCCUCCCUUUUGGCGUGAAAACAGCACCAGCCAUCUUCCAGCAGCUGAUGGACACCAUGCUCGCGGGAGUUUCUGGAGCCGCGGCGUACCUGGAUGAUAUCAUUUUAAUGGGUCGGACGGCAGAAGAACUAUUUCAGCGGCUCGCUGAAGUGCUUGUACGUAUCCAGUCAUAUGGUUUCCGUAUCCGCGAAGAUAAGUGUACCUUUUUUACACCAACCAUCAAGUUUCUCGGUUUCAUCUUCUCAAAAGACGGUCGUCGCCCUGAUCCAGAAAAUAUCCGAGCUAUUCAAAAGAUGCCCCCACCUGUGGACUUGCAGUCGCUGCGUUCAUUCUGUGGCCUAAUCAGUCAUUACAGCGCUUUUCUGCCCGAACUACAUCGCCUGCGUGCCCCGUUGAAUAAGUUGCUGAGCAAGGGCCAAACCUGGAAUUGGACACCAGAAUGCCAGACUGUGUUUGAGCGGGUCAAGUCAUUGUUGGCUUCAGACUUACUCCUAACUCAUUUUGAUCCUUCCCGGGAAAUUGUCCUUGCCACAGACGCAUCGAGUCUAGGGAUCGGUGCCGUAGUUUCCCAUACGUUCCCAGAUGGAUCUCAGAAGGCGAUCGCACAUGCCGCCAGGACGCUAACGAAAGCUGAAAGAAACUACAGUCAGAUCGAGAAGGAGGCAUUGGCCAUAGUGUUUGCUGUGAAGAAAUUUCACAAGAUGCUGUAUGGUCGCCGCUUCAAACUCUUGACGGAUCACAAGCCGCUGCUGGCCAUUUUCGGCUCGAAGAAGGGAAUUCCUGCCUAUACAGCCAAUCGACUCCAACGAUGGGCACUUACAUUGCUGGGCUAUGAUUUUGAAAUCCGUUAUCAGUCAACGAAUUCGCUGGGCCAAGCAGAUGCGUUGUCACGCCUCAUUGAUUCCCAGCAACAAGAACACGAGGACACCAUCAUUGCCUCAGUUGAGAUCGAACCUGAUGUCAAAUUCCUGGUGAACGAGACACUACAUGGUAUGCCAGUUACGGCCGAUGCUGUGCGGGCCGAAACGCUUCGAGACCCAAUCCUGAAGAAGGUGACACACUUCCACAGAACCAGCUGGUCACGUUCGUGUUCAUCUGCCGAAAUGCAGCAGUUCUAUCAGCGAAGACAUUCGCUUUCCAUUGUGGACGAUUGCAUCAUGUUCUCAGACAGAGUAGUCAUCCCGCAGGCGUUGCAACAAAGAGUGCUGCGACAGUUCCAUGCAGGACAUCCAGGGCUCAACCGAAUGAAAGCGCUUGCCAGAAGUUAUGUGUAUUGGCCGUUUAUGGACAGGCAGCUGGAGCAGCUAGCUAAAAGUUGUGGCAACUGC